GGCCAGGGUGGAGGCCAUGAGGUUGGACCUGGCCUCUCUCCACCGUGUCAGAGUUCGCUGACUCAUUCAAGGCCAAGAAACUGUAAGUACACAACUCUCCACCCCACCCCUCUCACUAUAAACCUGUCUGUCCCAUUCUCCUACUCUGUGGUUGUUUUUGUUUAUUCCAAUACAAAUCAGUUAUACUGUAGCAAUAUCAUCGCCCCAGGGGUCUUCAAAAACAGAAAGCAGCCUGAUCGUCUGGUUUGGACCGCUAAGAAAAUAAAUCUAUACUUAGGUUUUGCUUACAGUUUUUUACAAUUGCUUACACACUAAAAUGUAACUUUUCCCACAAUUAGCAAAACCUUACACUCAAGGAGCAAAACACAAGGCUAGAUUUGCACAACUGUAAGCACAUUGUCAGCUUCACACUAUUUGCAAAACAUUACACACAGUGAUUUGCAAAACACUAAACACACUUGUAUACAUCAGACACAGAAGUAUAUCAUGAUGUCACUUCCUUGCAAUUUCAAAGCACUGACUGUCAAAUUGCCACACCUAUGAGCCAAUCUGUUUAACACAGCCAUCAGGUGCACAAACACAUGAUUGCUAAAUUGUAGACACACCAAUCAGGUUUAAGCACUAUAGAAAUGCAGCAGGUAGGUUCACCUGCCUUCAACCAAAAUGGAAGGAGUCAGAAGAAGAGUGAGGGUGAGAGGAGGAGGAGGAGUACACAGAGGAGGAGGAGUACACAGAGGAGGAGGAGGAGUACACAGAGGAGGAGAAGGAGUACACCGAGGAGGAGAAGGAGUACACAGAGGAGGAGAAGGAGUACACAGAGGAGGAGAAGGAGUACACAGAGGAGGAGGAGGAGUACACAGAGGAGGAGAAGGAGUACACAGAGGAGGAGGAGUACACAGAGGAGGAGAAGGAGUACACAGAGGAGGAGGAGGAGUACACAGAGGAGGAGAAGGAGUACACAGAGGAGGAGGAGUACACAGAGGAGGAGGAGGAGUACACAGAGGAGGAGAAGGAGUACACAGAGGAGGAGAAGGAGUACACAGAGGAGGAGAAGGAGUACACAGAGGAGGAGAAUGAGUACACAGAGGAGGAGAAGGAGUACACAGAGGAGGAGAAGGAGUACACAGAGGAGGAGAAGGAGUACACAGAGGAGGAGAAGGAGGUAGAGGCCGAGGCAGAGGUCGACGAAGACCUGAAGCAGGAAGAGAACGUGCACAAAGAAGAAGAGGACCAAACUUAUCAAAUGACAUUCGUGCAACACUAGUGGACCAUGUUGUGAACCACGGAUUGACGCUGAGGGAGGCUGGACUGAGAGUUCAGCCAAAUCUUAGCAGAUAUACAGUGGCAUCUGUCAUAAGGACUUUUCGACAGGAAAACAGGAUUGAGGGUCGGGAACGACAAGGAGGAAGGGGGCCCAUAUUCACGCAAGAACAAGAGAGAGAGAUAAUAAACAUGGUUUUGGCCAAUAAUGCUAUCAGGUUCAGAGAACUACAAGCCAACAUUAUCGGUGACCAUGCCAUUUUCAAUAAUGUCCAUCAGGUCUCUCAGUCAACACUGGCACGCAUCCUGAAAAGACAUCAGGUUCAAAUGAAACAACUUUAUCGAGUGCCUUUUGAGCGGAAUUCAGAGGGUCAAACGGCUGCAGCAUGAGUAUGUGGAGGUUUGUAUUGUUCACUUUAGCACUGUGAUGUUGCAUACUGCACACAUGACUUCUUUACAUUGACUGUAUACUAGUUCUAUCCUGAACUACACAAUAUUGUCUUUCACUGUAUUUUAGGGAGUUUUGCAGAUGGAUGCUGAGGAAAUCCUGCAUGAAUUCAUAUAUAUUGAUGAGGCAGGGUUCAACCUCACAAAAGCAAGAAGGAGAAGCAGAAGUAUCAUUGGCCACAGGGCUAUAAUCAAUGUCCCAGGGCAACGUGGGGGUAACAUCACCCUUUGCUCUGCCAUUUCACAGCAUGGGGUUGUCCUCCGUCAUGCCAAAAUGGGCCCUUACAACACACCUCACAUUCUCACAUUUUUGGAUCGAUUGCACCACAUCGUCACAGCAGGUAAUGAAAUGCACCAGAUGCACAACACGGUCAUCUGGGACAAUGUGUCAUUCCACCGCUCUGCUUUGGUCCAGAACUGGUUUCAACACCAUCCACAGAUGACAGUACUAUACCUUCCACCAUACUCUCUGUUUCUAAACCCUGUCGAAGAGUUGUUCUCUGCAUGGCGGAGGAAGGUCUCCAGCCCCAGGCUCAGGUACCCCUCAUUCAGGCCAGGAAGGUUUACGAUCUCCUGCCCAAGGCUCAGGUACCCCUCAUUCAGGCCAGGAAGGUUUACGAUCUCCAGCCCCAGGCUCAGGUACCCCUCAUUCAGGCCCGGAAGGUUUACGAUCUCCAGCCCCAGGCCCAGGUACCCCUCAUUCAGGCCAGGAAGGUUUACGAACUCCAGCCCCAGGCUCAGGUACCCCUCAUUCAGGCCCGGAAGGUUUACGAUCUCCAGCCCCAGGCCCAGGUACCCCUCAUUCAGGCCAGGAAGGUUUACGAUCUCCAGCCCCAGGCUCAGGUACCCCUCAUUCAGGCCAGGAAGGUUUACGAUCUCCAGCCCCAGGCUCAGGUACCCCUCAUUCAGGCCAGGAAGGUUUACGAUCUCCAGCCCCAUGCUCAGGUACCCCUCAUUCAGGCCAGGAAGGUUUACGAUCUCCAGCCCCAGGCUCAGGUACCCCUCAUUCAGGCCAGGAAGGUUUACGAUCUCCAGCCCCAGGCUCAGGUACCCCUCAUUCAGGCCAGGAAGGUUUACGAUCUCCAGCCCCAGGCUCAGGUACCCCUCAUUCAGGCCAGGAAGGUUUACGAUCUCCAGCCCCAGGCUCAGGUACCCCUCAUUCAGGCCAUGGAGGACGCCUGUGACCAAGUCGACGCCGCAGCUGUUCAAGGAUGGAUUCGACAUUCAAGACGGUUCUUCCCACGUUGUCUUGCUAAUGAUGAAAUUGCUUGUGAUGUUGAUAAUUAUCUGGUCAGAUCCAGCUAGGAGAAGAGAUAAUGUAUAGUAUGUUUACUGUAGUAUUUUCUGUACAAUAUAUUGUCAUUUUUUUUCAGAUUAUUUUUUAUGUUUGUUGUUUACUGUUUACUGUUACAUCUAAUUGUAACCUGUACUGGAUACAGUAUUUUACGUUUGUCUGUUUGCUGAGCUAACAGUGUUAUGCACACUACUGUAGUAGCAUGAAAACUGGGACAUGUUUUGUUGUGAUUCUCCAUGUUGACAUGUUGACUGAUUUGGGUAC